AUGUCGUGGCGCAACCAGGGCAUCACCGGUUCUAAUAACAUACCUCUAGGUACUCGCCGUCGUUUCGGUGGAGGCGACGAUGAUGGCGGCUACAACCCAUCAGCGCCCGCCGAAGGCUUGUCUGAGUUGAAGCGCGGCCGCAGUCCUGAGCGCAACUCUGCCGACGGUCCGCGACAGCGCAAGAAGCGCAACCGAUGGGGUGACGCGAGCGAGAACAAGGCUGCUGGCUUGAUGGGCUUACCGACUGCCAUCUAUGCCGCCAUGACUACUGAGCAGCUUGACGCGUAUACGCUGCAUCUGCGCAUUGAGGAGAUUACCCAGAAGCUCAAGAUCAACGACGUGGUCCCAGCCGAUGGUGACAGGUCCCCAUCGCCGCCUCCCCAGUACGACAACUUCGGUCGCCGUGUCAACACUCGCGAGUUCCGCUACCGCAAGCGCCUCGAAGACGAGCGCCACAAGCUCGUUGAGAAGGCGAUGAAGACGCUUCCUAACUACCACCCACCUGCCGAUUACAGGCGGCCUACUAAGACACAGGAGAAAGUCUACGUUCCGGUCAAUGACUACCCGGAGAUUAACUUCAUUGGUCUACUCAUUGGCCCCCGUGGAAACACCCUCAAGAAGAUGGAGACCGAAUCCCAGGCAAAGAUUGCGAUCCGUGGCAAAGGCUCCGUUAAGGAGGGUAAAGGCCGUUCUGACGCAGCUCAUACCAGCAACCAGGAGGAGGAUCUUCACUGCUUGAUCAUGGCCGACACCGAGGAGAAGGUCAACAAGGCGAAGAAGCUUAUCCACAACGUCAUCGAGACUGCUGCUUCCAUCCCCGAAGGCCAGAACGAACUCAAGCGCAACCAACUUCGUGAACUUGCCGCCCUCAACGGUACCCUCCGCGACGACGAGAACCAAGCCUGCCAGAACUGCGGUGAGAUUGGUCAUCGCAAGUACGACUGCCCGCAGAAACAGAACUUCACGGCCAGCAUCAUCUGCCGCGUCUGUGGUCAAGCUGGUCACAUGGCUCGCGAUUGUCCCGACCGCAAAGUUGGACAGCCCUGGCGCAACGACAACCGUUUCCCCGACCGCGGUCAGCCAGCUCGUAUCGCUGCUCCGGAGAACGAGCUCGACGCUUUCAUGGCCGAGAUGGGAGGUGCUCCUGGACAGCCUCGUGCGGCGAUCGAGUACAACGGCAACGGUGCUGCUGGUGGAGACAGCUACGGUGGAGGCGAGCGUGCCGUCAAGCCCUGGGAGCGUGGUCCUACUGGUGGCUCUGCACCCUGGGCGCGCAACGAUGGUGAUGACCGUGGUCGCGGCGACAGCAACUCUGCUGCUCCUCCCCCCUGGGCUGGUGGUGGCGGCCGUGGUGGUCAGUCUUACGACCAAGGCUACGGUGCUGGCAACGGUGCGGCUCCUUGGGCUUCUGCUACUCCCACUGCGCCUGCGGGUGCUGGUUACGGAUACGGUGGUUAUGGUUACGACCAGAACGCUGGCAUGGGCGCUCCUGGUGCAUACGGUGCCCCUGGCUAUGGCGCUCCUCCUCCUCCCUCUGGUCCUCCUCCUGGACUGGGUCCUCUCUUCCAGAGCUAUGGUGGUGCUGGCAGCCCUCCUCCGCCUCCCCCGCCGCCGUCUGGAUCUGUGCCUCCACCUCCUCCUCCGGGCGAGGCGCCUCCUCCUCCCCCACCUAGCGACGCUCCCCCACCACCGCCACCACCUCCGGCUUAG